CAUGAGUUCCUGUCAUACCAGCUUUCCCAUCAGCUUUUCAGACGAGCCUGCUGAAGACCAACUGUGUGUGCUUAUUCUUGCUACAUUUAUAAGAGGAAAAAAGGAAAUGGGAAGUUCAAAAUCGAAACAAACACCCACAGAUGGUUCUCCCACAAAACUGGACAAACCAUGGAGGAACUUUGACUGGAAACAGAAUAACAGACUUAAAGAACGCCUAGAAAAUUUUCACCUAAGUAAUCCAGAUCUAACACACGUCAAGCUACUGGUAGCUGGACAAAUUGGAGCAGGAAAGUCCAGCUUUAUUAACUCAGUCAACAGUGCCUUUCAAGGAGAGAUUGUCUGUGAUGCACAAGUUGAUGCUUCUCAAUCAGCAGCGAGUUACAGUUUCACAAAAAAACUGGAAGGACACCAUAUCAAAAAUGCACAUGGAGAUUUGCCUUUUGAAAUCUGUGAUGUAAUGGGUUUGGAACCUGAAGAAUUAUCUGGGUUACAACCAGAUGACGUUGUCAAAACCAUACAUGGCCAUGUGAAGAAGAGAUAUAAGUUUUCAGAGAAUCCAAUUACAAGUGAAAAUGAAUCAUACAUUGAAACCCCUUCACUGUCAGAUCAAGCAUUCUGCCUGGUGUACGUCAUAGAUGCAAAUACAGUCCAGUUCGAUUCAGCAGAUAAAACACUUCUCAAGAAGUUGAAGCUCAUCCGCAAGAAAAUCACUGAUGAAGGGAUUCCUCAGGUGAUUGUCUUGACUAAAGUGGAUGAAGCAUGUAAACUGGUCAAGAAUGACCUAAAGCAAAUCUACCACAGCAAGACGAUCAAAGAAAAGAUGGAGUUCUGCAGUGUAGAGAUUGGCGUGCCAAUGACCAUGAUUUUCCCUGUCAAGAACUACCAUGAUGAGGUUGACACAAAUGAUGAUGUUGAUAUUUUGAUUCUCAAGGCAUUUUAUCAAAUUGUGCGUUCAGCUAAUGCAAGACUGAGCUGUGGUAGUUCCCAAAAAUAAAAAUUAUGGUCAAGACGUGAGAAUGUUGUAGAGCAGUAGAACGCAGUUAUGUACCUGUCAGUUUAACUGGGUAAAAAAAGGGUAAUGGAUUUUCAGAAUAACACCUGCAAUUGCAUUAAGAAGUGAAUAUUAAAUAACCUGACAUAUAUCAUCAUCUUUAUCAAGACACAUAUAAAUAAUAUAAUAUAACCUAAGAAAUAAUAUAAUGUUUUUGCAUGUUAGUAUUGUUCUUGCUGUUGUUGUUGUCAGUGUGUGUGAAAGUUUGACUGUGUAGUGUAGCUCUCGCAUUGACAAAUUCCACCCUGCCCAAAUGGAAAUACAUAGAUAUAGAAUAAGAUGCAGGAGCGAGUAGUGUAUAGAUGACUAGUAUAUUCCUACAUUCGUUUUCCUUCGGUUUAGUCCCUGAUUUUAUCAAGGGUCUGCACAUUCCAGCAUAUGUUUUACACAGUGGAUGCCCUUCCAGCUGCAACCCAAUACUGGGAAACACCCAUAAACACUUGCAUUCACACACUCACUACGUCCAAUUUAGUUUAUUCAAUUCA